UGCUCUUCUGUUAAACGUCCUUGUGAGGGUGACUCGUAUAAAACACGUAUUGGAAACUAUACGUGUGUGCGUUUGUGUGUUUGUUUGAGUGGAAUAUGUUGACUCCGCUAACAUGACCAUGAAGAUAUCAGAUAAGGAGGCCUACAGACUACUAGGCCUACCACUGGGUGUGGAUAAAGAAGCAAUUAUGAAGAAAUAUAAGAAGCUCUCCAUUACACUAUCGACGAGCAAGAGACCAGAGGAUAAAAAGAAAUUGGAGAUGGUGAUCGCAGCCUAUAAUCGCCUAUUACCACAACCACCACCACACAACCACAACCAAAAUCACAAAGGUCAGUCCGGGCCCAGUAACGGCGUUGACUCGGAAGGAAGCUCUGAGGAUGAUGGCCGAGUAUUAUGUAGGAACGGAGACGCUCGCUCCCUCCCCAAGGACGGAGAGAUGACGGAGGAGGAUAGGGAGAGGAGGAAGGCGGAGAAGAAGAAGGAGAAGAAGAGGAGGCAGAAGGAGAAGAAGAAAUUGGAGAAAAUUGAGACGCAAGUUCUUAGUCAAAAAAUCGCAAAUAAUAAUCAUAAUAAAAAAAAAGAGGAGUCCCCAUCGGAGGAAGACGAGGAAGAAGAGGAGGAGGAGGAGGAGGAGGAGGAGUGGGAGGAGGGCCAAGGGAUCGACCCAAACUCCGCUUUCGUCGCUGCCGCUGCCGCAAAAAAAAGGGGUGUCCUAGGGGGGGGGGCGCAGGGGAGGGAGCGACCCCCCCGCACCACCCCCCACCAGCCCCCCACACCUCCACGGAUCGCCACAAACUCCACUUACGUCAACAACUCCGCUUCCGCCAAUGCUUCUUCCGCUUCAUCCGUUCCUGUUUAUACUAAUGUUACGAGGGUGGAGGAGGCGGUGGAGGUGAUAGCCAGGGAUGUGGUGGUCACCAAGGCAGCGAGGGAGCAGGCUUGUCAACUGGCGCGGCGGGGGAACGAUGCGGCUAGUGUUGGGAGCUAUAUUGCGGCUGUUCAGCUUUUCACGGACGCUAUAGGCCUAGACCCCAAUGACCCGCGCUUCCUCGGCAACCGUUCCUAUUGUCUUAACCAGCUGGGCCACCAUGAAAAAGCGCUGGAGGAUGCCGAUCGAGCUGUAUUUCUGGCACCUCAGUGUGUCAAGUGGCACUUUAGGCGCGGCACACCUCUAAAGGACCUGGGGAGAUACAUGGAGGCAGAGGAGGCUUUCAAGGAGGUUCUGCGCCAUGACCCGGACUGCCGCGAGGCCCAGGAGGAGGUCAUGAGGGUGCGGGCGGCCAGGAUAGCGGAGAUGGGCUUCACCGACAGGCAGGCAAUCAGCGCCAUUUCUAAAUAUUCAGACGUACAGCCCGCCCUGGACGCACUGCUGGCGGGGGAGUUUAAGGAGGCUAUCGACCUAACAUACCAUUCUGGCAACACUGAGAGUCUGCCACGGAAGCCUCAAGCAACAGCCUCGCGCGACAACAUUAAGAUGAAUCCGCAAAAUCCCGAGGGUCUAAUGUCGCUGUGGGUUGGUAACAUUGUGCCGGAUGUGACGGAGAAAGCCCUUACCCAGCUCUUUGCAAGCCAGGGUCAGGUCACCAGCGUCCGAAUCCUCCGGGAGAAACACUGUGCCUUCGUGAACUUCGCCAACCGGGGCGACGCGGGGCGGGGCAUGGCGGGGCUGCAGGGUUACCAAUUCCACGGGCAGAAGCUCCUCAUCAAGUUCCCGGACAACCCCAUAACAUCGGGGUUCCAUAGGGGUGGUGGCAGCGGCGGCAGCAACCAGAACCUCAACCAAAGUGUCGUCCGGAGGGGAAACGGGUUGGACGGUGGAGCGGUGGGGGUCGGCGGAGGGGUUUCGCUCCUCUCCUCCUCCGUUUCCUCCACUGGGUCGUCGCCGGUGUCCUCCUCCUCGUCGUCGCCCGGGCCGCCAUCAACGGUCUCGUCUGCGCUUAAAAAAAAGUGGGUGUGAUUGUAUAGUUUUUUUUUUAUGUGUGUGUGUGUGUGUGUGUGUGUGUGUGUGUGUGAGAGAGAGGUAGAGGAAGUGAGGAAGAAAGAGGUAGAAUUGUGAGGUUUGAGUAAGAGGAGGAGGAGGAGGAG